AGCGUCUUUCUUAAACGUAGAACAACAUCUGCUCAUGUCGUGGCAUUGCUCUGUCUGUUUCGGGUUAAAUGGCUGUUUAUUCAUUUCUAAUGGCAGUGUCACAUUAUUUACAAAUGAUUAUUUUGAUGGCUAUACUUCAGCAUGGCCAAGCUGGUCGGUUAUAUACUGAAGAAGACCCACUGGUCAUUUUAACCAGUGACACUCUGAAGCAAACCCUGUCCAACUCUUCCACAGCCUGGUUGGUUCAGUUUUUCUCGUCGUGGUGCGGACACUGCAUCCAGUACUCACCCACAUGGAAAGCGCUAGCGGGAGAUGUGAAAGACUGGUCUCAGGCUAUCCGUAUUGGAGUUGUGGACUGUGCACAUGAGAAGAACUUUGACAUUUGUAAAGAGUUCAGCAUCCACUUCUACCCUACGUUUCGGUACUUCAAAGCACAUGGUACUACAUUUGACAUUGGAAAGACAUAUCGAGGAGCUGAUCGAGAGAUUCAGACAGUAAGACAGCUGAUGGUAAACUUUCUCCAAAACCACACAAGGCAAGACUGGCCUGCUGGCUGCCCUCCACUGGAACCUGCCAGGCCUGAGAACAUUCAGUCUUUGAUUGGAUUGAAAUCAGAUCACUACACUGCAGUUAUCAUAGAAGAUGAAGACUCUUACAUUGGAAGAGAGGUAAUAUUGGACCUAAUGCCAUAUGAAGGUGUGGUAGUGAAGAGGGCCCUGAAGUCAGAAAAAGUCCUCAUGGAAAAGCUUGGCAUCACCACUGCUCCUGCUGCCUAUCUCUUCUACCCCAAUGGGACACAUGGAGGCAUGGAUGUGCAGAAGAAAAUACGCUUUUUCUUUUCCUCCUUCCUCAAACUGUUACCUGGAGUUCACCGGAAACAGCCCCCCUCAGUCCAGCAGCCUGAACAGUCAGCUAUUAAAGACCAAGGCCCAAGUGAGCUGUUCAGAGAAUAUGACAAGUCUAAAGUGUACAUGGUAGACCUCGAGUCUGCUUUGCAUUACUUAUUGAGAGUGGAGCUGGCAACUCACAAGACCUUGGAAGGAGUGGAUCUGAAAACCUUCAAAAACUUUGUCACAGUAGUGGCUAAGCUGUUUCCUGGACGCCAAUCUGUGGUUAAGCUUGUAGAGACACUACUGGAAUGGCUGAUCAGUUUACCACUGGAGAAGAUUCCUUAUGAAGCCAUUUUGGACCUGGCCAACAACAAGAUGAGGAUCUCUGGACUGCACCUGAGCGAGCGUGUGCAGUGGCUAGGCUGCCAGGGCAGCAGUGUGGCACUCAGAGGAUACCCCUGCUCCCUUUGGACCCUCUUCCAUGUGCUCACUGUGCAGGCUGCCAACCGGCCGGACGCUCUCGCCAACACUGCGCUAGAGGAUGAUCCAUUGGCCGUUUUACAAACAAUGCGACAGUACAUUAGAACAUUCUUUGGCUGCCGUGAGUGUGGAAAACACUUUGAGGAGAUGGCACAGGAAUCCAUGAGUCAGGUGAAGUCUGUGGAUGAAGCAGUGCUCUGGUUAUGGAGGAAACAUAACCAGGUUAAUGCAAGAUUAGCAGGGUCAAUGAGUGAAGACCCUAUGUUUCCUAAAACACAAUGGCCCACUCCUGACCUCUGUCCAACAUGCCAUGAAGAACAGGAUGGGCUUCAUGUGUGGAAUGAAGACAUGGUCCUUACUUUCCUCAAAAAACAUUAUAGUGCUGACAACAUCUCCCCCAAAUACACCAGUGAUAUUCUUCCAGAAGCAGGUGCAGUUGCAGAUAUUAAAGCCAUAUCAACCCCAUCCAGUGUUCUUAUUAGAGGGUUGAAGCCAUCUCCUGAAAGUGUUCCAAAACACAUGAAGCAAACUGAUAAACGUGCAACAGGAGGCAUCCAAAAGGAGCCUAGCCUCCAGUUCCUGGGACUGGGCUUCUCCGGCGUGGACAUGAGUCUGUGUGUGCUGUUGUAUGCAUUCUCUUGUGUCUUUCUCAUGCUCAUGUUCUUCUUCUUCCGUGUUCGCUCCAAAAGGUGGAAGAUCAAAAACCACAGACCAUACGUAUAGUAGUCACAUUCAGAAACUCUUGGGAGAGACCUCAGUAUAAUAUAGGAAACACCUGUUAGGGGUUCAAGGGAAUUUUCUUAAUUUAUUUGGUUAUUGUAUUGUUCUGUUUUGAGAGUUUUGCUGUGGUGAAACUAAUGUCCUAAUAGUGAGGCUGAUUUGUGAAUUUCAUAGAAAUUAAGAUCAUGUAUUUGACCUACUUGUAAGGUCAAACUCUUAGUGGAAUUUAUUUAUUUUUUUUUUUUUUUUGUUAUUGGGGUUUGGUGGGCUUCUCCCCCCCAAGUUCUGAUAUAAGCAGAGGUGAUAUUUAAAAGGUCACAAGUGUUUUACAUAUAUUUUAAUCAAAAGACUACUGAGGUCCAAAGGGUCUAUUUUUAUGAAAACUGUAUGUAUAACAGUUAUUUUUAGACAUUUUAAUGAAGUAGAGUGUCCCCCUAAAUGCAAAUUGUAGACUUGUUUACCCAAUCAGUGAGGGUUAGCAGCAAAGCUGACACCCUUUACGCUACGUUCACACUGCAAGGCUUAAUGCUCAAUUCCGAUUUUUUUGUGAAAUCCGAUUUUUUUGUGAGGUCGUUCACAUUAACAAAUAUAUGCGACUUGUAUGUGAUCCUCAGUAUGAACGAAAAGCGACCUAAAAGUGUUCCGCAUGCGCACUGCAGGAUACGACGACGUCACACGCAGUGAGCAUGGCCAGUGUUUACGGAAGUAAAACCGCCCGGUUGCGGUAUGACUCAUCCAAUCUAGCUUGAAUAGCUGCAUCCCCCCAAAUGGAAAUCAGCUCCCUAACCUCUGCGUCCUUCCAUUGAGAAGAUUCAGAACCUUCACAGCCCGAAGCGUCCCUCGCAUUGAUGUCAUGCGCAGGGGCGCAGAUACGUUUUUUGAACUGGGGGGGACAAAGCUGCCAGCAAACCAACCCCAACCCCGAUAUGCCUGUCAAACUUGUUGUUAGUAACCAUAGCAACCAAGCUCGAGCUCGCAACCUGUGCAGUCUGCGCAGCUCAACCAACCGAAUAUCAGUCUUUGUUUUGUUUUAUGUGAGUUGUUGCAACUAUGUAUACACUGCUGUGCACCUCAAUAAACCGAAUGGUAAUUAGUCUUUUGAUUUUUCCGUGAGGUUUGCCUUAUGCAAAGAAAGACAGCAUAGACGUUUUUUCCUCCCUAUAAGUGGGGGGGACCGAACGAGGUGAAUUUAAAUAUGACUCGUCCCCCCCUCUAUCUGCGCCCGUGAUUAUGCGCCAUGUUGUUGUAACUUUGAGAGACCCGCCGCCUACUUCAGCGCAGAAUAGUGACGUUUGUGGCUUGUUGAUGACGUGUAAGUCGGAUGAAUGCGACCUGGCGGUUCAGACUGAAGUCGCAUAUGAAAAGAGCGGAUAGGAAUCGGAAUUAGCACCACAUAUCCAAACGGCCUGGGUUGGAUUUGAAAAAAUCGGAUCUGUGUCGUUCAUAUUGUCAAUAAAAGAUCGGAUACAGGUCACAUAUGGGCGAAAAGAUCGGAUUUGAGUCACUUCAGCCUGCAGUGUGAACGUAGCCUUAAAUCACUGCCUUCUAAUGACCUGCAAUUAAACUGGAAAGAAGUGACAAAUUUGUUUGCAAUUAACUCCUAGAUGUGUUUUAGUAGGUAGUUUGUACUACAGACCUUUGACCUCUGUUAAUGGCCUUUAUAGGACCUCAUCAUUAAUUUAGUUCCCAUAGUGUUCUGUGAUGGGAUUCUUAGUUGUGUGCCAGUGCACUGGACUCUUUUUACUCAAGUUUUUUCCCUUGCACACUUUAUAUUAGUCAUGCAUUGAACAUUAGUGCAUUAAGCAUUAUUUGCUCACAUCAUUGUAGCCUUUUUUUCUUCUUUUGAACAGUGACAGUCCAGUACAGCCAAUUUUGAUUUCUGUGCCCAAAUUUCCAUUUGUCUAGUGCUUUACAACCAAAAUAGUGUGAUGUUGAACCUAUUUUACUAGCUCAGUUUGUCAGCUACUGUAAAAUGAUGUUUGUGGUAUCUCGCUGAAAGUACACUUAAAUUAUUGAUAUGGAAAUUGACUGUCUUAAUGCAUCUAUUAGGAUGAUAAGAAUUGCUUAUCUUGACUGGUGAAUCAGGACAGUUUCAGCUGGAUUUUUUUUAAAUAAUUUGAAUCGUUGGAAGAAUAUUGUGAAUUGAGUACAUAACAGAAAAGGAUUAUCACAGCUUUAAUAUCAGAUCAUAGGUUUUAAUUUUGUGUUGAGAAGCUUCAGGAUCUAAAGCCAUUUUAUCAGGUAACCUGAAGUCUUUAAUAUCUGUGUGCACUACAAACUAUUUUUUGUCAGGAUGAUUUUGUGUAAGAAUUAUUUGUAAAUACAGGAACAUUUUUGGUUCAAUCCUGUUUCCAUUUUCAGCAUUUGAUGUGCUUUCCCGUUUCAUUCCAUCAAAAUUAAAUAUGAAGUGUGUUUAAACCUGUUAAAGCAGUUAUGUAAUUCAAUGUGCUUGUUUGGAUGAAUUAGCCUUACUAAAUGACAGCUUCUGUGUUAAGAGAGGAGGUAAACAAACCUCUCCCAUGUUCAUAGCUACACAGAAAAGAGGCCUUUUCAGCUGCUACAAAAUUACACUGUUUUAUUUUCAGUAGUUUUGAGGUUGGAGUAUUUUUAUGUGAAGAAUAUUUUUGGACUUGACGUGUAUACAUUGUUGUGUAGUUGAUCUCAUCCUCAAAGAGGAAUUGAAGCAUUUUUAUUAUCAAAAGUGUAACUUGUUUUGAAAAAUAAAAUGUU